AUGGAGAGAUUCUUUGUUUGCGUGCGUGUUUUGGUAACGGUAUCUGCAGGGCCUGUACGGGAUACCGCGCGUUUAGAGCUAAGCUGCUGCGCCCGGUUUCUAGGGUGUCGUUCACUCGUCCCUCGGGAACGGUGUAAGAGGCGAGCGAAGCGACCUCUGGACUCUGCUGCCUUGAGUACGAUGUGCGGGCCAUACGGGAAUACGGGUAACUCGUCACCCUCAUUUCCCGGGUUGUCAUAUUCGACGCGAGAGUGUAAGUUGAGCUCCAGUUGGUGUUUGGACGCUUAUGGAAACUUAACGGGAAAGGGGUAG